AUGUCCAAGGUCAUACGCAGCGUGAAAAAUGUGACCAAAGGGUACUCACACGCCCAGGUCAAGGUCCGAGAUGCGACGAGCAAUGACCCAUGGGGCCCAACCGGCACACAGAUGAGCGAGAUUGCUCAGAUGACAUUCAACACGUCCACUGAGUUUUACGACAUAAUGGAUAUGCUUGAUAAGAGACUCAACGACAAGGGAAAGAACUGGCGCCACGUUUUGAAGGCGCUAAAGGUUCUCGACUACUGUCUGCAUGAGGGCUCUGAGCUGGUUGUCACAUGGGCUCGCCAGAGCAUCUACAUCAUCAAGACGCUGCGAGAGUUCCAAUACAUUGACGAAGAAGGCCGCGAUGUUGGCCAGAAUGUGCGUGUUGCGGCCAAGGAAUUGACUGCGCUGAUUCUCAACGACGAGCGAUUGCGAGCUGAGCGAAGCGACCGAAAGUCCUGGAAGUCGCGCGUAAUGGGCCUCGACUCUGAUUUUGGUCCCCAGUAUGCCGAGCAGUCUCAGCGACGACAGCCACGAUCAGAACGAAGACCCGGUAAUGAAGAGGACGAUGCCGAGUAUCGCCUUGCAAUCGAAGCUAGCAAACAUCAAGAGGAGGAAGAUAGGAGAAAGAGACAGAAUGCCGCCGGUCCUGAAAAUGAUGAUGAUCUUGCAAAGGCCAUCAAACUCAGCCAGGAAGAAGAGGAAAGAAGGCGCCGUGAGCUGGAAGAUGCCAACGCCCAUUCUCUAUUUGACGAUGAAACUCCUCAACCUUCGCAGCAACCCCAGCACACUGGAUUCAACCAGGGAUACCAGCAGGGCAACGCCGUGGAUUUCUGGGCCAAUCCAAUUGACCAGCAGGCGCAGCAGAUUCCUCAGCCGACUGGCUACCUGGGUAACGCAUAUACCGGAUUCCAACAACCGCAACAACAACAACCGCAGCAGACCGGCUGGCAGCAAAACUUUAACACCGGCUACGGUGUCGAUGCGUUCGGCAAUCCUCUUGCUCAACAGCAGCAGCAGCAACAACAACAAUUCCUUCAGCAACAACAGUUUGCUCAGCAACAGCAACUGCAGCCUUCUCAGCAGGCUCUGGAUUUGGCUAUUCAACCUGGAAGCAACAAUCCUUGGUCGACCAAUAACCAGUUACAACAGCAGUCUCUUAGACCCACGCCGACAGGUUCCAACAAUCCUUUUGCCCAGAACCGACCGCAGUCAGCAAGACCCGCGACUUCUUCUCUCAGCCCUCUACCGGAGCAAAAGACUCUAUCCAACUUCAACCAACCCAGCUUCAGCCAACCCAGCUUCAACCAACCUCAGCUUCAGCUGCAGCUGCAGCAGCAACAGCAGCAGAAGCCCGGUUUCACUGCUCCUCAGAGAGAGCUCAGCGAACACGAGAGGAAAUUGAACGCUCUGCUGGCCUCUGGAGACGGUCAAGAUACUUAUGGAAACACUGGUGACCUGCGAAUCCCCGCACAGCACACGGCUCCAGGAACGUUUAUCAACAGUGCUGGCGCGGGUCUUAGCCGACUUAACCCAGAAGCUACCGGCAACAAUCCCUUUUUACGGCAGCAGUUUACUGGUAUGCCGAGCAUUACCUAUGGUGGCCAGCCUCAGCUGAACAGCAACCCAUUCGGAGCCCAGCAGCGACCGCAGCAACAAGGCCAACCACAAGAUUUAAUCCAGUUUUAA